AACUUUGAAAGUAUUUUAAGUAUUUACUUUCUAAAAUAUUUAAUUUUUAAUUAAAAAUUUUCAUAAUAUAUAAAUCCAUUAUGAAAAUAUUUGUGAUUUGUACUUUAGUAUUCACUUUACUAUCAUUUUCUACUUCUUCUCCUACCUGGCCUAUUCCAGUCCCUGUAAGUGGUAACUGCGGCGGCGGUGGAGGUGGUGGUGGAAGUUGCGGAAAUGAUAAAUGCGGUAGCUGUGGUACAAAAGCUGUAAGCAACGGCGGGUUUGUACCAUGUCUUUCUAGUGCCGUUAAUGGCAUAUGCCAGAGUAUUGGUUCUUUUUUUGCUCCUUCAGACGUUAUUGGUGGUGUAGUACCAACGGGUAGUAACGGUGGUAAUUGUGGUAGUGGUGGUUAUGGCGCUGGUAGUGUGGGCGCUGGUGUAGGAAAUGGAUUAAAUAAUGGUGGAGGAAGUGGAUGCAAUGGAGCGAGUUAUGGAGGCAAUGGAGGUGGUAAUGGAGGCAAUGGAUUGGGUUAUGGAAGUGGUGGUGCAGCAGGUGGUGCGGCUGGUGCAGCAAGUGCUGCAGCAGCAAGUGCAGCUUCAAGUUCUACUUCAAGUACCACUACUACUACCAGCUCUUCCAACGCAGCUGCUAAUGCUGCAGCUAACAGCAAUGCUGCUGGUAGCAAUCAUGGCAUUAAAGGCAAAUGUUAAAACUACUUUGAAAAUUUGUAUUAAAAAGUAAAGUUGAAAGAAUACUUAUAUAGUUUUGAUAUGCUUAUUAAUUAGGCUAACAAAUAAAAUCAAUCAUCAAUAAUUUGUAAAAAGCUUUAUUUUUGAGAGAAUUAAAUACCAAAAAUUAACAUCGAUUCCAAAA